UUCAGAAUAGUGCUCUGUUCCACUGCCUGUAGUUGAAACUGCCAUCCUACUACUCGUCCGUUUGGAUGGUUAUUUUCCACCAAUGGAUGUUAUCCCAACUGGACGUCUACUUCUGCUCAGUCAAGCCACUCCUGCUGGAGAUUUUAAACCACAUGGAUACUAUCAUCUUGUUCGUAUGCUCAGUGGGACUUUGUUUUUCCAGUCUGUCGGAUGUCUCACUAUCUUUCCAUUCAAAUUCAAGCGUAUACAGCGGAGAUGGUCUGUUCAACAGCUUCAGCGGCGUUUCAGAUUAUGCAGAUGGAUCUUACGACAGGUUCCUCCUUGAUCAUGACAAUCAGACAAUCGUUAUGUCUUACUUUUACGCUAAAUGGGAUGCUGAUUCCACUAAAUGGACCGAAGUCAUAACUAACCUCCAUUCCUUCUCUCCCAUCAAGAUAUCGGCUGUGGACUGCUGGAUGCCCAAUUCCCCCUGCGCGAAGUCUUUCAAAUUGAAACGUUUUCCACAUUUGAUUUUCCAUCGUCCAGGAUUUAAUGCUGUUUCUUAUGAGGGGACUUUUUCAACCCCUCAAAUUGCUGCCCACAUUUCCCAUGUACUAAACCCCAUUGUCCUGGCCAACUCUCGUACGGAGCUAUCGAGAUUGCAGCUGAUACACAAGGUUGUGGUGUUCGGGCAAUUCGGCCAUCAAAACCUUCACCUACGUGACUUCGUGCAAUUCCACUCCGCUUCUCUCAUGACAAAUAUCGUCUCUACAUUUGGCUUAACGUUGGGAAAAGAUAUCAUUUUCGCUGCUUCCGGUAAUGCUACCCACUUCCGGUCGACCAACGCAUCCACACAAAUACGCUUGUAUGUGAGCUGUGCUUCCACGACAAUGGUUCAUCACAUUCCCUUCACGCAAAUGAAGGCUGAACGUUUCAUCGAAGACCUUAGGGUUGCUUUGAAACACCUGAAACCCUCCGCACCCGUCUGUAUUCAUCCGACCGAACUUGGCUCUCCAAAUCACCGACGGUCCACUCUCCUGCAUUCGGCUAUCUCCCGUUCUCCUGUCCUAUUCCUUAUCGGUCCCCAUUUAUCUGUGAUGAAAUCCAAUGAACCGGAACUAUUUUUGCUGCGCUCACUGGAACUCUCUUACUAUUGGUGCAAUUCUUCUGCAGUCGCCCCUUCACCGCGUCCCUCGAAGAUUCCUGGCGAUGGAUGGGCUUUGAUUCCGCGUCCUUCAUGGGAGCAAGCAGUGGAAUUAUUGGCUCCCGUAGCAGCUGCUGCUGAUCGAUAUCGUUGUAGACUGUCCCUUGUUUGUCCUAAAUGGUUAAAGUACCUGGGCUCUCCCGAUGUCUUGGGUCACAAUCGUGUUUGCAGGCUGGCCAAUCCUUCAACUAACACCACCGACUCCAAUUUCACCACUGGUGACAGCUUUCCGGUUUUGUCACAACUCAUGCGUGCUAUAGAAGACGGCACACGUUCUUCAGAAAUACGAGCCACGGCACAAUGUCUUUUACACCGAUUAUCUGACGAUGGGGAUAGUCAGGCCUGCGCUGAGCUUCUCAAUCAUCGGGACUGGCGAGUGAUCAUAGAACGACUGCACUUUUCCUGUUGUCAAUGGUACCAUCGUCAGCUGCCGGAUGCGAGUUAUCCCCUAUCAUCCAACUGUACAGCCGAAGGAGAUCGGUCUACAGUGAAUCUUCGUCCCGAUUGGACAGCAAGCUCUCCGCUACACGGAUUGUCUUGCAAUUCAAACCGAACUUUGACAUUUCAUACUUUAGACUCCAUAGCACAACCGCAAUUGGCAUGGGAACUGGCCGGUUAUGAUGCUUCGUCGAAUCGCAAUGACUUUAUGGUGAUCAUCGUCGACCAACAAAUGGAAGCAGUUUAUCGUCUGGAACGACCUAUCAGCUCUGACGCACUAACCGAAUUCAUCGUUGGAUUUCACGAUUCUGCGUUGAGACCUUGGUCUAAAUACACGAAGCCACUUAAACGAGAACUCACGGAGCAGCGUGGGACAUCUCCUGUCAUUGAGAUUCGGAGUGCGGCCCAGUUGAAUGCUCUUUUGGACCAACGUACUUCGAUCCGAUUUCACGAUAACCUCACAUUACCUAGUUCAGCAGCGACGCACCUAGUUUUACUCUAUUACGUCGAUGGUUGCGCGUAUGCCUCCCACGGAAGCAGCUGGCGUUGGCACUUCGAGGCGGUGGCCCACCGUUUCAAGCCACAGAAUCGGGUGACCUUUGCCAGAGUCGAUGUAUUCGCAGUCGAUCUACCCUGGAAUUUACGGGUUGAGCGUGUGCCGAGUAUUCUCUUCUUCCCCUCCACCAGAUCUUCCUAUUCAUCAGUCUUUUCAAUCGAUCGGUUCUCGCGAAACGACGUUUCAACUGAACUCAUUCGCUUUCUUCAUGAAAAAAUGGAGCUUCCCCAUGAUUCAGCGAAAGAGUCGCAUAUUAAUCCCGAUGUUGCAUCUUUUCACGCUAGACUUUGCUUGCUUCAGUCACUUGAUACCUUGCCAUACACAGAACCGAAAUAUGUGGCCGAUCGGAUCCUCCAAACUUGUCGGGACCAUUCAUCCGCAGCGAAACGUAUGGUCUGUUUCAGUGCGCUUUUUGCUUCUGUCCGACGAUUAGCCAAGCUUUAUCAGGACGCUCAAUCGACCUCUUCGGCCCAAUUACGUCGUCUAGCAUCAAGUCUAAACUCGCUGAAUUCCAGACUAACUUCUCCCGCGUUCCACCUUUACGCUCCUUCUCACCAGAUACAUCGAUUGUUGCAGUCAGUGUUGGUUCAGUCAAAACUGUGGCACUCUUUAUCGGAUUUCCACCGCAAUGCUUCCACAAUAGUACACUUUCUCACUGUGCAGUUGCCUUCGACAGUCUCUUUGGCCCCCGUCUAAAGUACGUCCACAUCAUUGGGACGAUUUCUUGGCCAAGUGGCUGGUUGUGUCUUUCUCCCUCUGUUCGUCACAGCGAUGCUCCUUUUUGUACACGCAAAUGUUACCUGUUCCGCUGAUCUUUUGCACGAAUUGCCGCGACGUAUAGUUGUUUCCUUUCGUGCAGAUUUGUAAAGUUUUUUUCUCAGAACGUAUGCAAGGUUUAUGUUCCAUUGUGUCUAUCACUUGUUACUAUGCUCGCGCAGGUCGUCCUGUUUAGCCCAGCGGGUUACUUGUGCCUCUUGAUACCACGUGUCGCCAUUGGCGAGUGUGUGUGUGUGUAUACAGUUUGAAUUGUUCCGGUUGGUUUCUUGUCUCGAAUCGAAUUCCUGUGUCUACGGCCUAGUUGUAGUCACAUGAAAAACUUUCAUGGCU